GUAAUAUUCCUGCAAUUAUGUCUUAUCACUUCGCAAAGACGUGCGCUAACACGAAUAGUCUCUGUCAUGUGUUGAUGCAUGUACGACCUAUGAUUUGUAUUCAGAGAUUUAGCUACGCUCACAAUAUAAACAUAAACUUGAAUGGUGGACCAGUCAGUAUUCUAAAACAGAAAAUAGCUAGGGGCGAGCUGAUGAACGAUACAUACCAGACGAAAGUGACACAGACCCUGCAGCAAAUUUACCAAGAAGUUCAAGAUUAUAAGCCACAGCAAUUAAAUCUGCUGGAAAAAUGGUUCGGCAGCAAGCGGAGGGAUGCGCCGAAAGGGUUGUACAUUUACGGAGCAGUGGGUGGAGGUAAAACAAUGUUGAUGGACCUAUUUUACAAUUGUUGCCAGAUUGAAAAUAAGAAAAGGGUCCACUUUCAUUCUUUCAUGCUGGAUGUGCAUAGUAGAGUGCACGAAGUAAAGAAGACCAUUGUACGAGAUGUGACUAGUACCAAGCUGCAACCUUUUGAUCCGAUACCUCCAAUUGCCUCUGACAUUGCAGAGGAGACUUGGCUGUUGUGCUUCGAUGAAUUUCAGGUAACGGAUAUCGCGGAUGCGAUGAUAUUGAAACGGCUGUUCACAGAGCUGUUCGAUAAUGGCGUGAUAGUGGUCGCGACUAGUAACAGAUCGCCAGAUGAUCUAUAUAAGAACGGACUGCAGAGAGGAAAUUUUGUACCAUUUAUAAAAGUGCUGAAAGAUCACUGCCUCGUUAGUAACUUGGACUCUGGGAUAGAUUACAGAUUAAAAUCGGGAUCCGGAAAUAAGAAGAUAUACUUCAUAAAAGGCAAAGACGCCACGAACGACGUAGAUAAAGUCUUCAAGUACCUGUGUUCCAUGGAGAACGACGUGAUACGAUCGCGCACGAUUUCCAUAAGAGGACGCAAUGUCACUUUUCGAAAAACUUGCGGGCAGGUGCUGGACUCCACUUUCGAGGAAUUAUGCGACAGGCCUCUUGGAGCAAGCGAUUAUUUGCAAUUGAGUCAAAUCUUCCAUACAGUCAUAAUAAGAGACAUGCCUCAGUUGAACCUACGACUUAAAUCUCAAGCUAGGCGAUUUAUUACUCUUAUCGAUACAUUGUAUGAUAAUAAGGUACGGGUAGUUAUGUCGGCGGCUGUACCACACACGCAGUUAUUUUUAUCAGAAAACGAGUCCGAAUAUACCGAUGAGAAAAGGAUGCUAAUGGACGAUUUGAAGAUUACGCAUGGCUCGGAGGAUCACAAGGCAAACAUCUUUACUGGAGAAGAGGAAAUCUUCGCGUUUGACCGUACCGUGUCGCGUCUGGCUGAAAUGCAGACCUCACAGUAUUGGGAGCAGUGGGAGCACCACAGAUAAUGAUAGUGUUAAGACUAGUGCAAAUAGAUCUGUGUGGCUCCGUACGAAUUCCCAUUCACUUAAAACUAAAGAUUGUUAAUGACGAUUGUAAUUUUUAUAAAACGAUCUCUCGCGAGUAGUUAUUUAAGUUUUCGUUAAGUGUGCGCUUUACACUCGAAGCGUAAUUUUCACGCUUUCUCAGUAUUUUACCUCAUAAAUUAUUUUGUUGGGAACGCAAGUUCCUCGAA